GCAACGACGAGGAAUAACAGAAGGCAAUCAGAUAGAAGUCUGUCAUUAUGAACGCCCCUGUCAUCGUCGUCAACAACAACGGCGAACGCCAAACCGGCCGUAAGGCCCAGACCUCUAACAUCACCGCGGCCAAGACCGUCGCCGACAUCAUCCGCACAUGUCUUGGACCAAAAGCCAUGUUGAAGAUGCUCCUCGACCCUAUGGGCGGUGUCCUCCUCACCAACGAUGGUCACUCCAUUCUCCGUGAAAUCGAUGUUGCUCACCCUGCCGCUAAGUCCAUGAUCGAGCUCUCAAGAACACAGGACGAGGAGGUCGGUGAUGGAACUACCACUGUCAUUAUCUUGGCUGGAGAGAUUCUUGCGUAUGCUCUUCCUCAUUUGGAGAGGAACAUCCAUCCUGUUGUUAUUAUUUCGGCGUUGAAGGAGGCUUUGAAGGAUGCUUUGGACAUCGUGGAGAAGGUUUCGAUUCCCGUGAAUGUUGAGGAUGAUAAGGAGAUGACUCGCUUGAUUUCCGCAUCUAUUGGUACCAAGUUCGUCGCCAAGUGGAACGACCUUAUGUGCAAACUUGCUCUUGAUGCCGUCCGUACCGUCGCGACCGACGUCAACGGCCGUGCUGAGGUCGAUGUCAAGCGUUACGCACGUAUUGAGAAGGUUCCCGGAGGUGAUGUCGAGGAGUCACGAGUAUUGGACGGUGUCAUGCUCAACAAAGAUAUUACCCACCCCAAGAUGCGCAGACGGAUCGAGCACCCCCGUGUCGUCCUCUUGGACUGUCCCCUUGAAUACAAAAAGGGAGAGUCUCAAACCAAUAUUGAGAUCACAAAGGAGGAGGACUGGAACCGUAUCUUACAGAUUGAGGAGGAGCAGGUAAAGGCUAUGUGUGAGGCCGUUCUUGCGUUGAAGCCUGAUCUCGUUAUUACCGAGAAGGGAGUAUCAGAUUUGGCGCAGCACUACUUCUUGAAGGCGAAUGUUACUGCGCUGAGACGAGUGAGGAAGUCUGACAAUAACCGUAUCGCACGAGCAACGGGUGCUACCAUUGUCAACCGUGUCGAGGACUUGCACGAAUCUGACGUCGGCACCGGCUGUGGUCUCUUCAACAUCGAGAAGAUCGGAGACGAGUAUUUUACUUUCCUUACCAAGUGCAAGGACCCCAAAGCAUGCACGAUUCUCCUCCGCGGUCCAUCAAAGGAUAUCAUCAACGAGGUCGAGCGUAACCUCCAGGACGCCAUGUCCGUUGCCCGCAACGUCUUCUUCCACCCCAAGCUCGCCCCAGGAGGUGGAGCGACCGAAAUGGCCGUCUCUGUUGGUCUUGCCGAAAAAGCUCGCUCAAUCGAAGGCGUCAUGCAAUGGCCCUACCGCGCCGUCGCCGACGCAAUGGAAGUCAUCCCCCGCACCCUCGUCCAAAACUGCGGUGCAAACCCCGUUAAAGUCCUUACCCAACUCCGCGCAAAACACGUCGAAGGCCAAUCCUCCUUCGGUAUCGACGGCGAUAACGGCAAGAUUGUUGAUAUGCACACAUAUGGUAUUUGGGAGCCUCAACAGGUUAAGACUCAGAGUUUGAAGACCGCGAUUGAAAGUGCGUGUAUGUUGUUGCGUGUUGAUGAUAUUGUGUCUGCGAAGAGGGCUGCUUCUGGUGCUGGGAACCGCAUGGGUGGACCUCAGGAUGCGCCUGAGGAGGCUGAGGGUCAGCAGUAA